GUACCCCUCGGGAGACCAUCGCUUUAGUCUCGAAAGUGGGUUUAGUUUGGUUUAUCGUUCUCUGAUUUGAUUUAGUACCCUCUGGUAGUUUGCUAGCUUUAUGGGCUGCACAUUGCAACUGGUGGCCGCUCUCUGUAUGUGACAGGUCCAUCGAUACGAACACUAUGAAGCUUUCUUAGUGUUCCCAUAAGUAAAGUCGGAAAUAUUUGAAAUACUUGUGGGCUUUGUCUCCAGGAUAGUCUUUCAUUCACGACAUUCUAGUAAUCUAACUUGGCAGUAUGCUGUCGCGUCCGUGAGUUCUGAGCUACUCAAGUUUUGCGAACUACUAUGAUAACAACCUGAAAACCAUUUUCUGUGAUGACCUUAAAAAUACUUGUAAAUAAGUCAGGGAGAAAUGGAAAGCCAAGGAGUUCCGAAAGAAGCAGAAGCAGAAGGAGAUGGAAUUUUGAAGAUAGGAGACAUGCAACUCCCAGGGAGACUGAUUUCUGAUGCUUCAGAAGAGAUUAUGCUGCUGUGGGCAAUUGGGCAACCUUGCACAGCUCGCCAGAACAAUUUUGUUAAACAAACAUCCAACCACCUCAAACUGGAUGCCUGUGGUCAUAACCUCUCCAUCCAGCAAUCUCCAUCCUCGAUGAACACGUCAGGUGUGACAGGAGGUGUUAUGUGGGAUAGUGGGAUUGUGUUGGGGAAAUUCUUAGAGCAUGCUGUUGAUUGCGAUUUGUUGAACUUGAGAGGAAAAAAGUGCGUGGAGCUCGGCUCAGGCUGCGGACUAGUUGGUUGCAUAGCAGCUCUUCUGGGUGGGAAUGCCAUUUUAACAGACAUGCCUGACCGAUUGAGGCUGCUUGCAAAGAAUGUUGAAGAGAAUGUGAGGGAGUUGGAUGCACGAGGUUCAGCCUCUGUGAGAGAGCUGACAUGGGGGGAGGAUUUGGAUUCUGAUCUGUUGAAUCCUCUGCCUGACUAUGUUCUUGGGUCAGAUGUUGUCUACAGUGAAGCAAUUGUUCAUGAUCUACUCACUACUUUACAGGGACUUUGUGGAAAUCAUACUAUCAUUUUCAUUUCUGCAGAGCUUCGCAAUGAUGCAGUACUUGAAUAUUUCUUGGAGUUUGCAUUGAAGAACUUUAGUGUUGGGUGUGUCGAUCAAGGGAUUUGGCACCCACACUAUAAAAGUCGUCGUGUAGUUAUCUUUAUCAUGGCUAAAUUGUAAAAAUUCAUUAAACAACAUCUUUAACAAUUUUGAUAAAUUAUUAAGACUUGAGAUUAAAUGUUGUGGCACCUAAUAAAAUUUUUGACCACUUGUUCUACCUUGUAGAAUCUUAUUUGAUCAAUAAAAAUAUGGUGCCAAUUUUUCCUCUAAUAAAUGCAGACUUUUCUUUGUAAGAACCUUCUUACACAAUAUUACAAAAAAGUUCUGGAUA